ACCACACCCGCUUUGUUUUAUCCACACAGCCACCACAGUCCUUCAAAUCAUCCGACCAAUCCCAAUUAAUCAUUAAAACUUUCUACGGGUCACAAAACCCCCAAUCUCUACAGAAUGCUUGUUUUCCUUCAAAAAUGCCUGGCUCUCUUUAACCUCUUCACCCUAGUCCUCUCGACUAUCACCUUCGGCAAAGAUACCUCCAGCGGUGCCCUCACCUACGGCUACUCCGGAUCCACCGGUCCCAACCUCUGGCACAAGAUUUCUGUGGAAUGGAAAGAGUGCGCAACCUCCAACCAGCAGACCCCCAUCAACAUCCGCUCCGGGUCUACUGCAGCCGCCCAAGGCUCCCGAUUCUUGUACCCUCCAGUUUCCAUGUUCGAAGUUUUCUAUGAGGCAUAUGCGCUGAGGGUCCAAUUGGCUCCGAGGAAUCCUCAGGAGUUUGUGGCCGUGCUGGGAGGGCGUAGGUAUAAGCUCGUGCAAUUUCAUUUCCAGUUACCAGGAGAGCAUACCUUUGAGGAUGAGUACUUUCCGGUGGAGAUUCACUUUGUUCAUGAGAGUGUCGAUGGUGAGUUUUCCCUUUCUUCUUUUGGGUGGUAUUUUUUUUAAUUGAUAUUUUCUAGUACCCGGGCAGCUUGCGGUCGUUGGUGUCUUCGGUGACUUCUUGAAAGGAACCGGAGCACCCGACCCAGUCUUUCCCUCUCUCAAAACCCAAUUGGAGGUAUUACUCAGGAGAAAAGAUGCCCGUCUACCUGUAUCGGUAGAUCUCAAGUGAGAGUUUCCUCAUUUUCUCCUUUGCCUUCCCUCUUACUCACCACCUACUCUCUUUCCUUUAGGGGCGUCAUAGAAAACAUCGAAACCUCUACAAUCCGUUACUACAACGGCUCUCUUCCAUUCCCACCUUGCUCCGAUGGGGUCUUCUGGUAUGUCUCUGAGACGCCUGUUCGCCUCCGCAAUGAGGAAUUCCAGGACCUCAAGAAAAUUACCAAGUUCAAUUCCAGACACACUCAGAACGAUCUCGGCCUGCCGAACUUACUGGAAAUGGCUUGUUCUAGUGCGCAGUGUCUGAAUGGGGCGACAUGAGUUGGCAGAUAAAAAAUGAGCAAAGUCUUUUUUCUCACAAAUAAAUAAAUGAUAGAUUGUUUGGGGGGGCGCUUUGUGUUUUGUGCUUUAUGUUUUUCUCUGUUCUUUCUUUCCUCCCCCCUAGGUUCAAUGCUAUAGUUUUCACCAA